GGUGAGAUGAUCGACCUCCUCCUGGAUGAAUGCGAUUACAACAAAGACGGCCAGCUCCAAGUGCGCGAGUUCAUCGACUUCAUGUUUAAAGGUGCCAAGAUGGAGCGAGAGGAAAGAAAGAGGCCCCUGACAGUGAUCCGGAUCAUGGCUAUGCACCAAGCAUACUUCGAGGACCUGAAACCUCGCUUCGAUGACUUCUUUCACAAGCACGGGAUCAAGAACAUCGAUCUCAACUACGAAGAAGAGUGGGAGAAGGCACUGCCGUACUGCAAGGAGAACGAAGUGGAUGUUCUGGUGGUUAACUCGGAUGCCAUCCGCAUCGCAGUGGGCGAUGAUGCCACCCUCUGGCAGGAACGUGACAUGUGGCUGGACAAGCGCGAAAUUCCCGAGGAGAAGCUGUUUCAGAUCAUGCCGUUUGUGGAGGAAAUCAUCAAAAAGAGUAAGAACCCGGUCAUCGCCAUUCAUCCUUGGCUAAAGGAGGUGAAGUCCCAGGACGCAUGCCUGGAUCGGAUUACUUCCCAACUCCGAGAGUGGCGGGAUGGCAUCAAGGCCAAGCUGAAGAACUACGGAGACCGCUUGGCGCAGAAGGAAAGGUUCGAAGGUCGGGUCAGUGAGAUGGAGGCCUUGAUCGCCGAGUCGGAAGCUCGAGAGGCCGAAGAAAAGGAGAAAGACAUUGCUGCUUUCAGGCCGCUCUUUCAACAGAUCGUGGAUGUCGCGGGCUGGGAUGAGAAGCGGGCAGCGAAGGUGUUCGAUCACCUCGUCCGAGGAAACCUCUAUACGGAGACAUGGUACAUCGAAGCCUUCACCGAGGGAAGCGUUGAGAAAGAGUUGGAGAAGAUCAACGUCCAGAUGUUUCCAGAGGAGGAGAUGUCAGUAUUGACCGACUUUGCAUUCGAGCAUAACGAACUUGCAAAGACCGUGAAGUCCUUGGCGUCCAAGACGGGGUGGGACUUGAAGGACCAGCAGCAGGUGGUCCACAAGCUGCGGCGAGUCGGAUGCGUGCACCCCCGUGCUCUACAGGUGGCUAUCAAGACGAAGAACCUGAACCCACGGCUGAAGAAGCACAAGUUCCUCCCCUUCGGGGAAAGCUCUCUGGAAAUCCUGGAAG